UCUCCGCCUUCGCGCAUAAAACGCGGCUGCGCGGCCUCCACCGGUCUUCUCCCACGUUCACCACAGCAAUUGCUUUUUGCCAGCGGACCGUCAUUGUCAAGAAUCAUGGCCGAGCUGAAAGAGCGCACCUUCAUCGCCAUCAAACCCGAUGGUGUGCAGAGGGGCAUCAUUGGAGAAAUCAUCAGGAGGUUCGAGAUAAAGGGCUUCAAACUCGUGGGCAUGAAGAUGCUCCAUGCCUCUGAGGACCUCCUGAUGCAACACUACAUCGACCUGAAGGACAGGCCGUUCUUUCCUACCCUCAUCAACUACAUGAGCUCCGGUCCAGUGGUUGCCAUGGUGUGGGAAGGCAAAGGUGUGGUGAAGACAGGCCGGGUGAUGCUGGGCGAGACCAAUCCCGCUGAGUCCAAGCCUGGAACCAUCAGAGGAGACUUCUGCAUCGAUGUUAGCAAGAACAUCAUCCAUGGCAGUGACUCAGUGGAGAGUGCCAACAAGGAGAUUUCCCUGUGGUUCAAGCAAGAAGAGCUGGUCAGCUACACUAGCUGUGCCUUUAGCUGGCUCUACUGAGCUGUCCCGGGUUCUGCAGCAGUCCUCACACGCUGGUUGGAGACCACUGAAACUUUUGCCUCAGAUUUCCCCAUUUCGUCCAUAGCCUAGAUGGUAGAAGAACUGAUGUCCAGUUCUUCGUGUCCCAUGGUCCUCUACAUCCCCCACCUGCCCUCUGCUCAUCGACAUACUGUACUGGGAUCCGGUCUCUGCGGGGGUCCGUGUCUAGUCCAUAUUCAUUCCUGAACUCAUUCCCUUUAGAAACAUUCCACUCCUUCCAUUGAAGUACAGUUAAUGACUUGAAACUUGUCUUUGACUGUUUUGUUUAAAGGUGAUCUGCUUUCCAAUAAAAUGCACACAACACAAA